AGAACAGGGGGAGGGGCUGCUGGCCAGAGUGAGGAGGAGGCGGGGGGCAGAGGCAUUCGGCCAGGGAAAGCAAACGGAACAGCAGGAGCAUGUCGGAGCUGCCGUUAUCUGUGGAGGAGAUGUUGGAGUUGCUGCGCAGGGAGGCGGAGGUGCGGGGGCCUGGCUGGUUGCAGGAGCAGGUGGGUGCGUGCGUCAUUGCCCCUGCUUCUGCAGCCACCCCCAUUGUGAGGGCUGUCCGGCCGCGGCGGGGUAUCCCACCGGCGCGCCUUAGUCCUGACUGCACCCCCAGGGUCCGGCGCCGAGUGGGGAGCCCCUCCAGGGACCCUCCGCGGCGGAGAGGGUCUGCUCAGCCUUCAGCAGGGCGCUCUCGUCGCGGGAGGAAUCCCAGUACACAGCGGGGCCCGGAGCGGAGUGGGACGCCCCUUCCCCCACUCUCACCUGCUAGUCCUGAGGAUGCGGGACCAGGAACGGUGGACCGGCCCAGUCCGGGUCCCAGCAGGCGGUCUACUCAGCGGGGUGAUGAGAUCCACGUGCGGCGGGUUGCGCAGUCGGAGCAGGAAGAGCUGUGCAGGCCCAGUGCAGGAGCGGGAGCGGCGGCGGUGGACCGGAGGCCAGUCAGCAUCAUACAGCGGGCAGUUCGAGACGUCCGGGAGGAGUCGCCUUCUACGUCCAGGAGGAGCGCCGAAGUAGAGGACGUGCGGCGGGAGUCAGGAUCUGCGGCAGCGGGAAUCACAGCGCCCGUGGUGCCUGUGGGACCGGUUCCGGCUUCUUGUGCCAGAAGCGGAGUUGGAGGGUCUGGAGUGUCCGUCGUGGCUGUGGGGGAUCUUGGAGGAGAGGUGAUGGGGUUGCUUAGGGAUUCGCUGAGCCCUGGUUUUCCGGUGGCCUUGGUCUGGAUUUUAGGACAUUCCUAUGUGUUCUGGGGGGCUAUUAGGGCCGAUGUUAGGCCGAAUGGUGGUUAG